GGACUUCUUCAUUUCUUCUUCCACCCCAUCAACCGAUCGAGAGCAAUUAAGAUGACGAAGAAGAACGGUGGUGGCGGCGACUCUUCUUCAUCCGCCCCCAACAGCCCCCCACCACCGUCAAGCCCUCCUAGGAAGAGAGCCCGUGAAGUCUCCGGCCAGACCUCCGGUGCGCAAACCCCACCACCACCACCCCCUCCUCCUGCUCAGCCCGACCGCGUCGCUCCAACGGAAGAAGUCCCUCCUCCACCGCCACCUCCUCCGCCGCCGGUUCCGGUGCCGGUGCCGGGCGUUGAGUGCUCCGUGUGUAGGAGGCGGUUUCACAGCCGGCAGGCACUGUUCGGCCACAUGAGGCUCCACAGCAACCGUGGGUGGAGAGGCGCCUUUCCUCCGCCGGUGUUCAGCCGGGAUGAAUUCGCUGAUGUGCAGGCUAUAAUGGCUGCCGCUCGCGGUGAAGAUGCUAAUGUGGUGCCGCCGCCGCCUCCUCCUCCUCAGGGCUGUAAUGAUAAUGCUCCUCCGGUUGGAAAUGAAGAAGGAGGUUUGCCAGAUCUUAAUGAGCCUCAAUACCGCAUUCCCGAUCUCAACUUUCCGCCGCCGCCUGCUUAAAUAAGCAUGCCAGAUUGCGGGCAUGCAUGGAAUGAUAAGUACGUAAGAAUAAAGUUUGGCGCAUGCAUGCAUGCGUAUGCUAAUACUUAAUUUAUUUAUAUUAUUGAAACAUAUAUUGGUUUGUAAUGGAUCAUUUAUUAAUUCAGACUUAAAGGAUAUCAUCCUGUUAA